AUGCGAUCGAGUGCCACUGCCGGCCUCACCCCUCAACAGCUGUUGGACCGUCGCCGUGCUCAGAACAAACUGGCACAAAGGCGAUUCAGGGAAAAAGCUCGAAUGUCUCGAUCAUCUGCUUCGAGCUCUGCGGUAUCAUAUCUCUCAGCAACCUCAGCACUGCCCAGCUUCCCACCCCAUCUCGACUUGGCAGCGACAGCUCCGCCUCGAGUAGGUCAAGUCAGGAUCCGUUCGGCAUCGUCCGACUCGGCUUCAUCUUCCUUUCCCCUCUCCCUGUCGUCACAAGUCUCCAGUCCCACCUCAUCAUGCACCGAACUCAACACGCCAACCAUGCCCACUUUCAAUCACCUUGCCAUGCCAUCGUCCAGCUUGCCAUCCCUGAACGGCGGCUCGCUUGAUGUUCAGCCUGUCUUGGUAGCGCACGAGCCUAAGCCCGACAUAGCCUCGACUGAGUGCUCGUUCUACAUGCCACCACCUCCUACCUACUUUGAUCCUUCGAACUUUGCUUCCUUUGACCCAGUCCACCCUCAGCCUGUACCGAUUGUACCUUCGGCAGCGCCACUCACCUACUCGAGUCUGGCUUCUUCGUCACCGACACUUCAUCGCAACAUCGGCUUGAAGAUGCUCGGAAUGCACUCCGAUGCGUUCCUCAUGAGCCAGCCUCUACCGAGCCUCUCCUUGCUUUCUAACGCAAUGCUCUUUUCGCCUCACGGUACACCUCAGCACGUGCCCCACGAGAGCUCUUGUAUACCUGUCAGCUCGUUCGAAAAUCUGUUGCGCAUCCCUUCGCGACCCUCUUCCGGCUUUGCCAGUGGCACCGAGGAGCCAAGCCUCUCGCCGCCUUCUUCCAGCUCCUCGACAUUUUCGUCAACAUCUCAGCCCUACGAACCAGUGACCUCUACAGCUGUAGCAAGCCAGUCGGCAGAAUUGUGCCUAGAGAGAGCCAUCUCUAUGUAUAAUGCAGGUGGCUCUUCGGCUACGUCAACGCGAUCUGUCGCUAUCGCGUCGCAGUCAUUUGCACGCGUCAUCGAGCUCCUCGGCGGGCAUUUUGGCCUGGACCGCAACGGUCAGAGCUUGCCUUCGCUCCUUGCUCGUCUGCAGCUCGAUGGAAAGCUCUCUGAGAAUGCCGAAACCAACAAAGGUCUCGUCUUCGAUGCGUGCAUCGACUGGGACAAGAUGGCCUUGAACAUGUUCCCCGUCCCCGAGCAGCUCUUGUACCCUCACCGAGCCUUCAUCGACGCCUGCCUCCCGUGGCCUGCUGUGCGCUCUCGCCUGCUCAAACAGUCCUUGAUCUCGCCAGUAUGUGAGCAAGAGUUCGCUUUGGAUCUCUUGCUCUCCAUUCUUUCUUCGGAUGAGUCCCUUUCAACUUUCCAUGUCUACGGCGACGACGUGUUUGAUCCGGAGGCGUGGAAAGUGAGCGAAGGCAUGCUAACAAAGUGGUGGGGAUUGUUCGACGAUUCGAUUGUUCGUAGGACCAACUGGUGGCGACGUCAGCGAGGACUUCCCGACCUGGUCAUCCCUACUCCACUAGACUCGUCGAACGACUCGGUGCGACAAGGACUGGGAACCGGUUCGCUUGACCAAGUUCACCGCCUCGCUGCGACACUUUAUGCAUAG